AUGUCGUCUCGAUCUCGGAUUUCCUCUACGAGCAGCAAGCGCUUCUCUGAGAAAGAUCUGGAGGCAAUAAAAGCCUCGGAGAUUGAGCAAACCAGAUUCAGGAAGCUGGUUGCAACGAGCAAGAUAUACUCCCAGACUGAGAAGGAUGCCGCCGAGAUUUCCUCGGUCACAGACUUUUAUGCAUUCUGGGACAAGGCCGUCGAAGCCAGGAAGGAUUUCGAAGACAGCCACGAAAGGGGAUGCGGUCUGUGGACACGGAAGUAUCAGAAUGCCGCAUCCGUGGUCCGCAGCUUCAUGAAAGACUUUGCUCCCAUCGUGGAUGUCGUGAAAGACUUUGCUGCCCCUUAUGGAGGGUUCGCUAUAGGGACGAUUUCCGUUCUCUUCGCAGUUGCUGCGAGCAAAAACGAGAUGGAAGCGUCACUCGCAUCAGCCAUUGCUGAGAUUACCGAUCGACUACCUGGACUGAAUCUGUACAAACACAUCUACAACGACAACCACGAGCUCGAUAUAAUGCUUCAAGGACGAAUCGUCUCCGCCUACGAGAUAUUUAUCGAGUUCUGCAUUCAAGCAACACAGUAUUACAAGCGCAAGGGGCUUCGCAGGUGGCUCACAGCCCUGGGUUCGCCUAGUCACCUUUACGACAAGGUCGCGGAAACACAAAAGGUAAUACAGGAGAUACGGCGCAUAUGCGAUGAGCUACUUGACAAAAAUAUCCAUCUCAUCAAGCAACUGAAUCUGGAACAGAAAGAAACCAUUCGGAGGCUGGAGGAACAAGUAGAUCAGCUGUUGAAAGCACAAGACAAUCAUGCGCUCACAGAGAUCCAACACUAUCUGGGCCUCUCCAGCUUCUCGAGCGAGAAUCACCGCAAACAACUCGAGCAAUAUCGCCGAGCUUUGUACAAUGACGACCACCUCAAUGCCCCAUACUUUGAACAGAUGCAGGGCAGGCGGCUCGAGGCAUUCCGUGCCUGCAACGACUACCAGUACUGGAGUAACUGCCCACAUCCGUGCCUGUUGAUCCUAUCAGGCCACAACGACAGCAGCAUACGUUAUGUGGAUCACUGCUGGGCCUCCCCCGUGGCCAUGACCAUGAUCACCGAUCUAACUAACAAAGACAACGACCAUAUCUAUGGGUACUACGUCUUUUCUCCCCGGGGCGAAUCGCUCUGCCACGCCUUCUCGGUCGUCCUUUUACAACUACUCGGCAAGAGGAGCAUAUUGCUCCGCAACAAAGACCAAUGCGACGAGCUACGCGCAGCGCUGAACGAUCUUCGCGACUUCCAAGCCACAGAGGGGAAAGACUCCCACCAUCGUCAUCACUCCCACCAACACGAGACCAUGAAACUCUCGACGUUCGAACGGGUCGUGCUCCGCGCGAUCGACUUCUUCAGCGAGUCCGAGCAGGUGCACAUCAUCCUGGACCGGGCGGACCGGUGUUGCGACCUGGUCAAGGGCGUCGACCACCGCAAGUCGCUGUUCAAGCUCCUCGUCAAGCUGGUCGAAGUCGCGCGGUGUAAUCUCAAAAUCCUCGCCGUGGUCAACGGCGAUCAGUGGGACAUCGAGACCAGGAAGGACGAGCUGGAACACAGAAUCGAGGGGAGAGUCAGGAUGCACACUGCCGUGCAGGGCAUGCGUGACUAG